UCUGCUUUGGGGCAGAACUGAAACCAAGUGGAGAAGUUAUCAAAACACACUCCCCCUCACCCCUGCACUGGCACGGGGGCUGAGAUACUCACGGAGCAACUCUACAGUCACGCAGUUAAUUUAUUGAAGCACACGGGGCUCCGGUUCAGCUAUUUAUAACGUGAUCUUACAGCUCUCCCCUCACAGUGCUCGCUGGCCGAUCUCUAUUUAUUACACGACCUCACAGCCCUCCCCUCACAGUGCCCGCUGGCCGAUCUCCUCCCCCUGACCCGGCGCGGGGCCGGCGGAGGGCGCGCUGGGAGCGGCAGCGAUGGAGCUGGGCCCGCAGUUCGAGGAUUCCCUGUUCUCCCCGAGCCGGGAGCGGCUCUCGGGCGGCGGGGCCGUGGCUCCCAGCGGCGCCAGGCACUGCGAGCCCCAGUGGUUUCUCAGCGAGGACGGCGGGGACGGGGAUGGCGCCGACGGGGUCACGGGCAGCAAGUUCCGGGCGGACUGGGCGUACCGGCGGCGGGACUUUGAGAAAGCCCUGUGUGAAUACUCAAACUGCCUACAGCUCUUACCUCCCGGCAACAUUGCAAUGAGACGAGAUGUCCAAGAAGGCCAGGCUCGGUGUUUAUCUCACUUAGGAAGGCACAAGGAGGCUCUGGGUAUUGCAGAAAAAAUGAGAAACAGCGCUACCAACACAGAUCACUUAACGACAGUUCUCAACCUGCAGUUUUCCAUUUACCAGGGCGUGGAAAAUGUAGAAAAAAAGAUCUUGUGUCUGCAGCAACUGAUCUGCUUACAUCCUUUCAACCCCUGGUUCUGGAAAUUUCUUGCUGAAGCUUAUAUGGGCCUUUUACAGAAUUUGUCUCCAUUAGUCGUUCCAGGAACAAAUCUAAAUCGUUCUGAAGAGGUUAGUGUAAGUGACAGUCGUUUCAAAACACCGACUGGAAGAGAGAUUAAUUUGCAGCCUCACCGAUCAGAUGGCCAGAAAGAAGGCCCUUGGUCCAGCCUUGCUGCAGAAACAAAGGGGGAGAAUGCAGUGACUUGUAGCAGCAGCCAAGUGGUGAAAGAAUUCCUCUGCACUUUGGGAGAACUGGAAAGGAUGGACGAAGGGAAAUGCGCAGACUCCAAGUCCUGGAAGCAGAACGUGUCGAAGAAAGUUGGGAUAAAGGCAUGUGCCUCGUUUAUUAGAGCAAGGCUUCUAUUUCAGCUUACCCAGUUGCAACAGUCAUCCUUUGUGCUAGAGACUAACAGAAAAGGUCAAAAAGAAAUUGAUGACAAAGUGGCACAACUUGGUUUUGAUGAAAACUCCUUGCUGUUGAUGACCAAGGUUAUGGGGCAGGAUCUUAUACCAGAAAAACUAAAAGAGGAGUUUCAGGGUGAGGUAAAAUGCAUAGGCCCUUCAGCAUUGUCAUCAUUGGUAAAUGUGUCAGUCAUGGAAUUUGAAGUCAAAUGGUUCGGUAAUCUCCAAGAUGAUUUAUGACACUUUGACAGUCAAUUCUAUUCAGGUAUAAUGUCCCACCUUUAGUAACUUAAAGGUUUUGUUGUAUUUAUUCUUGUAUCUCCAAAUGAUUAUGGCAUGAUACAUGCAAUAAAGUUCAUAUUGCAUUUUU